GUAUGAUUGAGACCUUUCAGCCCAUUUUAGAACUUUGACCCUUUGGAGACAGGGCAGUUUUGCAGGGGGCGGUCUAGCCCCUGGCUCUGUUUUGGGCAGCCCGAUCGGCUCUGGAUUGCUUGAGCUUCCCUGAAGAGCCAGCUGGAGGCGGUUUCCCUGCUUUGGGAGUUCCUGCAUUCUCUGCUCUAAAUCCCAGCCUGCCCUUGGGGCUGCCCGCCCCCUCCUUUGAUCCUUUGCUCGGAGAGAGACCUGUCCAAGCAGAGGCCUGGACUACAUCUCCCGGCGUGCCUGGCAGUGUGGUGGCCUCUGUGCGCCGUCUGUACUCGUUGCUGGCGACGAUGCAGAGGGCUGUAAGUGUGGUGGCCCGUCUGGGCUUUCGCCUGCAGGCAUUCUCCCCGGACUUGUGUCGUCCACUCAGUUUCGCACAGGACUUGCUCCGCAGGACACCGCUCUAUGACUUCCACCUGGCCCACGGCGGGAAAAUGGUGGUGUUCGCGGGUUGGAGUCUGCCAGUGCAGUACCGGGACAGUCACACUGACUCGCACCUACACACACGCCAGCACUGCUCGCUCUUUGAUGUGUCUCAUAUGCUGCAGACCAAGAUAUGUGGUAGUGACCGGGUGAAGCUGAUGGAGAGUCUAGUGGUUGGAGACAUUGCAGAGCUAAGACCAAACCAGGGGACACUGUCGCUGUUUACCAAUGAGGCUGGAGGCAUCUUAGAUGACUUGAUUGUAACCAAUACUUCUGAGGGGCACCUGUAUGUGGUAUCCAAUGCUGGCUGCUGGGAGAAAGAUUUGGCCCUCAUGCAGGACAAGGUCAGGGAGCUUCAGAACCAGGGCAGAGAUGUGGGCCUGGAGGUGCUGGAUAAUGCCCUGCUAGCUCUGCAAGGCCCCACUGCAGCCCAGGUGCUACAGGCCGGUGUGACAGAUGACCUGAGGAAACUGCCCUUCAUGACCAGUGCUGUGAUGGAGGUGUUUGGUGUGUCUGGCUGCCGUGUGACCCGCUGUGGCUACACAGGAGAGGACGGUGUGGAGAUCUCGGUCCCAGCAGCGGGGGCAGUUCACCUGGCAACAGCUCUUCUGCAAGACCCAGAGGUGAAGCUGGCAGGGUUGGCCGCCAGGGAUAGCCUGCGCCUGGAGGCAGGCCUCUGCCUGUAUGGGAAUGACAUUGAUGAACACACUACACCUGUGGAGGGCAGCCUCAGUUGGACACUGGGGAAGCGCCGCCGAGCUGCUAUGGACUUCCCUGGAGCCAAGGUCAUUGUUCCCCAGCUGAAGGGCAAGGUGCAGCGGAGGCGUGUGGGCUUGAUGUGUGAGGGGGCCCCAAUGCGGGCACACAGUCCCAUCCUGAACAUGGAGGGUACCAUGAUUGGUACUGUGACCAGUGGCUGCCCCUCACCCUCUCUGAAGAAGAAUGUAGCGAUGGGUUACGUGCCCUGCGAGUACAGUCGUCCAGGGACAAAGCUGAUGGUAGAGGUGCGGCGAAAGCAGCAGAUGGCUGUGGUCAGCAAGAUGCCCUUUGUGCCCACGAACUAUUAUACCCUUAAAUGAGGAUGGCUCAGGGUGGGGCUGUCCCCUCCAGGAAUCCUGCCUUGGAGGGCAUCCUACAAGGGGUUAGUCAAGACGCUGAGGCAGAACUCACUAGGGUUGGGCAGCUAAGAUGGAGGCUGAUUCUAAUUGUCUGGUUGAGGGGCCAUACCACCUAUUCUCCCCACCUAACUCAUGCCACUCCAGCUUCCUUCAGGACCCUGCUUCUGAGUGAUGGACCAGCUCACACAAUGUCUUGUUUUAGUCCAUGAUCCCACUGACCUAUUCUUACCUGCUGGAGGGUAAUAAGAAGCUUUGGUUCUGCCAUCUCUCCCACCCUGCCAGGUGCUGGCUGUGGAGCAAAGGCUCACCUUUGUGGAGGAUAAAACCUGCCCAACCUACCUCACCAUGGUUUUUCACAUUGCAAAGGGUAGUAACAUGGGCAGUGUGGACUUAGGCUAUCCUCUCCAGUUUGCUUUCCAUAAAUGCAAAUUGUCCCUACUGCCAGUCAGAAAUAAUUGCUGACUCAUAGUAGGGCUGCUGUGCCUGUGUGUAAACUUGGGGAUGGUUGAGGGAACACUGAUUUACUCCCACAUUUCCAAGUUGGUCUAGUUUGCUGCCCAGUAGCAAACCAUGGCAGGCUCACCACCUGUUCUGAGCUCCAGGGCUGGUGAGCUUCCUCCUGGACUUGCCUUACCCUGGGCUGACCUUUGCCCCAGUAUCCAUUAAUGGACUCCACUGAAUCCUGAAAGAAAAAUUAAACUUCCUUCUGCACUGGCAUGGAUGAGAAAAAAAAAAAAAAAUUAAACUUCCUUUUUACUUGCCA